CCCGUAUUCAUGUGAUAUCAAAAUAUUUAUUACUUACAUUUUAUUCCGAGCACGCACCGUGGAUCAUUUAAAUAAAUGUGUUCCAUUUUGGUAGCUUUAUGCGUAGAAACAAAGUCUUAUAUGCCACAACUUUUUUUGCUUGUGAAAUGUCAUUUUUUACAUAUGGUAUACAUAUACAUCGUUACGUGCUUUUGACGAAAGCCAGUUCAACAAUGCGUUUCAAUAAUGGUAUAGAAUAGGAGACUGUCAAUAAACUCAUAUUCAAUGCGCGGAACGUUUAUUCAAGAAUGCCAAGUAUUAAUGUACAUAACAAUUAUCAGAUGAAUGUGCCGCUGUAUGGAGUAGUUGGAGCUGUUGUGACUGUAUUUGCUGCACUCCUUGGCCUAGGGACAAUUUUGAAAAUUCUCACAUGUUUACUUGUAUUAAUCCUAGGAAUAUUAACUUGUAUAUAUAAACAGUAUUCUCCAGUUCUUGAUAAUGAAAUCAAAUCUGGAAAAGAAAACUUACAUAAAAAGACUGAAAAGUUACGACAGUUAUUGGACGAGACAUCCAAAAGAAAGGUGACAUUUACUUCGGAUAGAAGAGUCACUGGUAGUCACAUUAUUGAUGAGUCCUUACAAGAGAUAUUAGAUUUCGUUCUAAGAGAUUAUAUAGAACCUUGGUAUGGUUCCCUAACAGAUGAUGAAGAAUUCACAAAAUCAGUCAGGGACACUGCUCAAAAAAUCGCCAUCAACAUAGCAAAUAGAGUAAAAGAUGUUGAUUGGAUUCCAUAUUUGACAACAAGACUCGUUGAUGAUGCGGCCUCGCACAUGAGACUGUAUCGUCAAGCCAGGGCGAAAAUGAAACAGAUCAGAGCGAAUAGAAUUCAAAAAGGGGGUAGCAGAUCCAGCACGUCUGGUAGCACUCCAAAGAAAACGCCAACUCAUCGAAGAAAUAAAAGUGAAACUGAUAUAUCCUGGUACUCGCAGUCUAAAUUCUACAUUCCGAAUUUAUCCUCAUUGGCGGAACCAAUUGAAUCCAAUGAGGAGAAAGAGGAUGAAUCUCUCGAAAAGAUAUUCUUCGACCUUGAACUGCGAAUGGAAAAUAAUUUGAUCUGCAGAGAUUUAGUAUGUACAAGUGAAACUCAGGAGCUGGCAUUUCUGGGUGAAUUAUCGGAAAUUCUUUUGUACCUAGUACUCCCGAAAGCGGACUUUGAUUGUUUGACUGUAAGGUUUAUUUUGCGGGAAUUGUUGGUGAAUGUUAUAAUGAGACCGUUGUUAAACCUGUUCUCAGAUCCCGAUUACAUUAAUCAAGCAUGUAUAUGGCUGUGUACUAAAGAAAUCGGUUUACCAAGUGAUGUAUUCUUAACAGUUAUUAGAAUGUCCGAUAGCUUAGAGGAAUUAAUGGCAACAAAAAAUAUUGUUUCUAAAGAAAUAGCACAUUUGCGCUCUAAAGAUUCAGGAAGGGACGACGAUUUAAUAGUUAAACAACAACUGAACAGUUUAUUAUACGUAAAGAAGAUUUUAGAGACUAGAAUCAUUGGAAUGCAAGAAGGUAUGGAGUCAGAAACUGAUGGAAUUAGUAGCCAUCCAGACUGGAACAGAUUACUUGUUCCUGGACAUAAAUUAGUGAAUCUACCUCUGGACGAACUAUUAAAAAAUAAUAUUGCAUUGAGUUAUUUCAUUGACUAUAUGACAUGUAUAAAUGCUGAAGCAUAUCUUUUCUUUUAUUUAAAUAUUUAUGGAUGGAGAGUGUCCGCUGAGCAACAAAUAUCCGAUAUCGAAUUACAAAAGCUUCAAGGUGCUCCACAGAUUUUGCCAAGUAUUGGCGCAAUAAAAAACAAAAAUGCAGAUUUAGAAAAUCUGAAAGAGGCAGCAAUGAAAAUUCAUCAACAGUACCUGAGUGACAAGGCCACUUGCAGAUUGCAACUAGACGACACGUUGGUCAAGAACUUAGUGAUGCGUAUGAAAACUGGAUUAGUAAAGGAAACGUGGUUUGAUGAACUUCAAACUUGUUGCUAUGAAAAACUGCAGAAUGAAGACAGAUUUUUACCAGCUUUCAAGAGGUCUUUUUCAUACGUAAAACUUCUAGCCGAAUUAGAUCUAUUAAAAGAUCCUGCAUCUGAGGAUGACUCUAAAUCAUUGGAUAGCAUCAGUGUGUCCAGUAUCAAUAAUGAACUUGAUACUUUGGAGGAACUGUCGGAGACGCAUAAGGAGGAUGGCGAAAGACUUGUACCAAAGAAAGAAUUAAAAUCAAAUUCCCAUUCGAUGACAAGUUUAACAAGUACGAUUGAAAGGGAUGCUGGUGGUACUUACGAUGAAAUCGAUUCCGACGUGUCAGCAAAUUCAAAGGAUACUAGGAAAAUACAGAAUUCAUUAAAUGCCGAUGGUGAUAGGCUUAGUGAAGGGAAGGAUGUAACAUUUUAUCUCGAGUCAAGCACGGAAAGAUUUGUCAAAGUUGAGGACGCAACAAGCGAUCAAACCGCUAUUAAAAAAAUGCAACAAGGACGGUUUGAAAUUACAGCUGAAAUAAUUGAAACAGGAAUCGUAAGCGACAGAGGAAAGACCUAUGGUAUUUACGCGGUAGCCGUCACAAAGAACUAUGACUCGGGUUACCAGGAGAAGUGGCAUAUUUACAGAAGGUACUCAGAUUUCUACGACCUGCAUCAAAAGAUAAAGGAGAAGUAUUACGAUCUUGCAAAAAUAGCCUUUCCGGCAAAGAAGGCUUUUCACAAUAUGGACCGUGCCGUCUUGGAAAGGAGGAUGAUCAUGCUAAAUGCGUGGCUACAUCAACUCACAAAACCAACAAUCGUAGACGGUCACAUGGGUUUGCAAAACUUAUUAUUAGCGUUUUUAGAACAAGGAGAUUAUGAUAAAGGUGUGACAGGAGGUCAUAUAGCUAGGACGAUUGAUACCUUAGUAAAUCCCCUAAAGACAUCGAUGAAGACAAUGACACAAGCUGUUAAGACUAUGCCAGAUAACAUGUUAAGUACAGUAGAUGAUGUCAUGGAUAACAUAAGUAAAUUUUUUGGAAAUCCAAAAAAGUCAACUAUUUUUUAUGAAAGUGUGAAAGUCGGAGCUAGCAUUGAUGCCGAGACCGACGACAAUAUUCCACUGAGAAUCAUUCUACUCUUAAUGGAUGAAGUUUUCGAUUUGAAAGUUCGAAAUCAAUGGUUGAGACGUAGAAUCGUAACUCUCCUUAGGCAAAUUAUUCGCACAAUGUUUGGUGACAUUGUAAAUAGAAGAAUUGUUGAAUAUGUUUCCGUAUUAACAAGUCCAAAGAAUGUUGCAACGUACUUGAGACUAUUCAAGCACAGUUUUUGGCCAAAUGGAGUAAAAGCUGACGCGAAACCACCUCGAGAUUCAGAAACAAAAAAUAGAACACGAGUGGCAGCUAAAGUUGCUUUGCUUUCUUGUCUUUCGGACGAACUUAAGCAUAUCAUAGGUAGCGAAACUACACGACGUGGACUUUUAAGAGUAUUCGAACUUUUCCAGCGACCUGUACUAAACAGAAGACUGUUAUACGUACUCUUAGAAGGAAUAAUAGAAAAUCUUUUUCCCCAAAACGACUUAGUAACCAUCAUUAGAAAAUUGUACUCUGUUUCGCCUAGGGUGAAAAAUAAGAAUAAGACCAAAUCCUGAUAUACAAGUUAAUACUUGAAUACAAUGAUGUAGAUUCAUGUUUUUAUCAUGAAAGAAAUGGGUAAACAUUUCUAGAGAAUGAAGAAGUACCAUGCUGUCUCAUUAUUAUCAGUUAUUAUAAAAAACACUUAAUAAUGCAGUUAUAGAAAAAAAAAUGAUAUACCUAAUACCAAUGAAUAUUUACAAUCUGAAACAUGGAGCAGAUUACGUGGGCCAUUUUAUGAAGCCUUUGAAAAAUGUCUUUCUAAUCUCUGAAUCCUAGACAAAGAAUAGAAGUCUAUCGACGACUUUGAAAAAAUGUCCUACGAGCCAUAGUAAUUUUAAAUAUUUUCCUUGGAUGUUUGGCAUUAUUAAUACUCUAACGAAUAGUCUACUGGUAAGAAUGAUUCGAAAUUAAAGAUCUAAUGGAGUCGUGAUCAUUUAUGGAAAGUAAUGCCAUUAAUAAAUAUAUUUAGGCUAUAAAGAGUAUUUGGAAAAACAAUCUGUGUUUUGUCUUAAUUAAAAAUUCUAUUUGUCAUGUUUACGAACUCGAAUAACGAUAUGGCGCUUUAUGAACUCUCCGUACUAAGGAGAUCCAUAUAUAACUGUACUGGGUUAUUGUUAGGGAACAAUGUGUACGAAUAUAUGAAAUUUUCCAGAACUCAAACAUUUACAAAUUCAAUGCAAAUUAAAGUAGUGAACUUGUGGCCAAAAAAAGAUGCAAACGUAAAAGUGAAUUAUAAGAAUUCCUGUAAUUAAUAAAACUUAAAUCGUCUAACCAAGCCCCAUGUCGGGCUGCUAACAAUGUCGGUAUUACAUAAGAUAAUAAUGAAUGAACUUUUUGUGAUUACUUCAUAGAAUCAUUCCAUUCGCAUUUUAAGAUGUUCCAGGUCGAUAAUUAUGAUAAUGAACUUUUUUUACAGGCUAUCACAUAUACUCUAUAUUAAUAUAUUAAUCCAGAUGCAAUAUUCCGUACGAUGACAUUACACUUAAAUCGUUAUGUUUGCAGAGUAAAGGUAUCCCUUCAUUGCAAACUUUUAUAAAGCAUAAUCUACAAUGAUAUUAUAAUUUAUUAUACCCAAUCAUUUAACAAAUGACACACUGGAACGCGUGUGCCAUUAAAUUAGUAAUGUCUAUUUAUUUAUUAUACAGAACGAUGUAGAACGUUGAUGAUAGUUAUAAUCAGGGUAAUAUAAAUGAAAAAUUACUUAUUUAAAUAUGUUAAUAGCGAUGAAACAUAUUAGUGUAUAAAACAAAAACUAAUAAUUAUUGUAUACUGAUGUCGUAUGUCUGUAUAUAAUAUUCUUUCUAUCGUAUUAAAUCACGGUUGCUAUUACGUUUAACUAUUAAA